UAUAAAUGACUAUCAAGCCUAUCAAUGAGUAUCCUGUUCAUGGCUUGAUGCCUAAACAGGACACUCAAGCUGCCAGUUUCAUUAAAAAGUUCCCUGAAUAUGAUGGUAGAGGAACUGUUAUUGCUAUUCUCGAUACUGGUGUGGAUCCAGGAGCUGCUGGUAUGCAGGUUACUACUGAUGGAAAACCUAAAAUGAUUGAUAUUGUGGACUGUACUGGAGGAGGUGAUGUUGAAACCACCAAGAUUGUGAAGCCUACAAAAGAAGAAGAUGGCAAGCAAACCAUUCAAGGUCUUAGUGGCCGUACAUUGAUCUUGGACGAUGCUUGGAAGAAUCCCAGUGGUGAAUACCGUGUGGGUCUUAAACGCGCUUAUGAAUUGUUCCCUAAUGACUUGACCAACAGAAUUAAGACUGAACGCCGCCAAGUACAUGACAAGAAACACGCUCAACUUUUGAGCGAGGCCCAAGCACGUCUUGCCGAAUACAACAAAAAGACAGAUAAGGACCAAGCUGAAUUGACCGAAUUGGAAGAUCGUGUUGAAGGAUUAAAGGCGUUGCAAAACAGCUUUGAGGAUCCUGGCCUUUUGUUUGAUUGUGUUGUCUUUUUUGAUGGCAAGGAUUGGCGAGCUGUUAUUGAUGUGGAUGAAUCUGGAGACUUGAGAGGUCAACCUUGUUUAACAGACUAUCGCAAAGAAUUACAAUACCAUACGUUUGGAAAGGCAGAUUUACUCAACUUUUCAGUCAAUAUCUACCAUAAUGGUGAUAUACUAAGUAUUGUGACAUUGGCAGGUAGUCACGGUACACAUGUUGCAGGUAUUGCCGCUGGCAAUUUCCCCGAUGAGCCUGCCCUGAAUGGUGUCGCACCUGGUGCUCAAAUUGUCUCUCUUCGCAUUGGUGAUUCACGUCUUGGAUCCAUGGAAACAGGUCCUGGCUUGACCCGUGCUGCUGCUCAUCUUGCCAUCAACAAGGUAGAUUUAGCCAACAUGUCUUAUGGUGAAUCUAGCAGUCUUCCUACUGACGGUCACUUUAUUCAACUCUUGGCUAAGGAAGCCAUCGGCAAAUCAGGUUGUAUCUUUGUCACAAGUGCAGGUAAUGAUGGUCCUUGUUACAGUUCCAUUGGCGCACCUGCUGGCAUGGACGCUAGUUUUAUUACUGUGGGUGCUUAUGUCAAACACGCUCAAAUGCAAGCUGAAUAUGCUCUUCUUGAAUCCGUUACUGAACGUCCUUAUACUUGGUCUUCUCGUGGUCCUACCACAGAUGGUUACCAUGGUGUGGAUAUUUAUGCUCCUGGUAGUGCUAUCACAAGUAUUCCUGUCUACGUCUUGAACAAAUUGGAUCUCAAGAACGGCACAAGUAUGUCGAGUCCUAAUGCUUGUGGUUGUAUUGCUUUACUUGUGUCUGCCCUGAAGGCCCAAAAGCAAAACUACACACCUUACCGAGUCAAAAAUGCCGUUGUUCAAACAGGUAAAUCAGUAGAUGACCCCCUUGAUGUUGGAUUCAUUCAAGUCGACAAGGCUUGGGAAUACCUUGAAUCCUAUAAGGAUCGCAAAGAUAUGGACUUAUUAUAUAGAGUCACUGUUCAAAAGAGAGGAGCUCAACGUGGUAUCUAUCUUCGUGAAUUAGAUGAAGUCAGUCAGAUCCAAUACCUCUAUACUACAGUAACACCUCAUUUUAUGGAAGAAGAAGAUCUCGAGAACCCUAAAUACAACAAGGCCAAGUUCAAUUACGAUGUCCGUGUUGCCCUUGUUGCCUCUGAAUCAUGGAUUACUGUACCUGAUUAUGUCUAUCUUUGUUCAAGCGGCAAUACCUUUCAAGUUAAGGUAGACCCUACCUCACUUUCUGAAAGCCAGUUCCAUUAUGGCCAAGUACUUGGCUACGAUACUUCUGCCCCUGAACGUGGUCCUCUUUUCCGUAUUCCUGUCUCUGUUGUGAAGCCUACUGUUCCCACAAAGGGAUCGAUUCAUUACAAGAGUGUUGAAUAUGGCCCUGGAGAUAUUGUCAGACGCUUUGUCCAAGUCCCUGAAGGAGCUACCAGCUGCGAACUUGUGAUCAAGGCUCAUGCUCCCGCAGACAGCACUGCUCCUGCCAGAUUCAUGCUUCAUCUGUUGCAACUCGUGCCUCAACAAAAUCAAAAGAAAAAGCAAGUGUAUGGAUUUGCUUUGGGUAAUGGUUCUUUUGGCGACUCUUCUGCUGAUGAACAAAUCAUCAAGAAACAUUUUGCUGUUCGAGGUGGUCUCAAUCUUGAAGUCUGUCUUGCUCAGUUCUGGUCGAGUCUUGGUAAGCACAGUCUUGACUUGAGCCUUCAUUUCCAUGGUGUUCAAGUAGGCCAUGAUCAAGGUUUGAUUCGUCUUGAGCCCCAAGUGACUCGUUUAGACAUUACCAGCCCUGUGCGUAAAGAAGACAGCUUGAAUGCCAAUGUGAGCUUCAACAAGCUUCGUAAAUACAUUCGUCCUUCAGAUGCUACUAUUUCACCUAUGCACCCUGACCGCGAUACAUUGCCCAGUACCCGUCUAAUGUAUCAACUUGUCCUUUCUUACAAAUUUAAGCUUGAAUCAGCUACCACCAUUACAGCACGCUUUCCUACUGUUAUGAACCGUCUUUAUGAACACUUUUUAGCCGGUGUCUUUGGUAUUAUUUACGAUGCCAAUCAAAAGGUCGUUGGUUACCUGGAUGUCUUUGAUCAUAACAUCAAGUUGAACCAAAAGGGAGAUCAUACUAUCAUGCUUCAAUUAUCAACUGAACAAGAAGAUGUGCUUGAAAAACUCAAGGAUACUCUUUUGGAAUUAGAUUUGGACUUGAAGAGCACUAAUUUCAACACAUUUAAGACCAUAGCUGAUGUCUUUACUCAAAGUAGCUCCAACAUGACCAAGAUUGCUCUUGAACGCAAAGACCCCAAAGUGUUGUACGUGGCUGCUCCUACAGGUAAAGACAGCAUUCCUAAAGAAGCCAAGGCAGGUGAUGCUUUGGUAGGCAAAUUGACUUUCUUUGGUAAGGUUGAUGGUGGUGAAUACAAUGUUGUCUACACAGUACCUCCUACACCUACAGAAAACAACAAGAAGGAAAAGACAGACAAGAAACCCAAUGAUCAAGAAUUGGAGCAACAAUUAAAGGAAGCCACUCUCAAUCUACAUAUUUCUUACCUCAAGAAAUUUUCUGCUGAUUCUGCUGCUUAUAAAGAUCUCUUGAGCAAGUUGGAGUCUUCUUAUUCAGACGAUAUCGCUCUUUUAGAGUACAAGUUGAAUGCUGUAUGGACCGCAUCUGCUGGCAAGAGCAGCACAGAUUGUUUAUUGAAAUCAGAUCAAUUGACACAAACACAAGCUGAUGAAAUCAUUCAGACUGCAGACAAGAUCCUUGCCAAAUUCAAUGAACGCGAAUUGCUCGAAUUCUAUGGUCGUAAGAAGCCUGACGACGAAACAGAAGAACAAAAGGAAAAGCGCAAAGAAAAUGACAAUAAAAAGAAACAACUUGUCAAUGCGCUUGAAAACAAGGCUAUGGCAUAUGCUGCCAUUUCUGACAAGGAAGGUUUGAAUGCCACCCUUCUAUCUUUGGAACAAUGGAAUACCGAUGAUAGCUUGAAUUCCUUGUUAGUCAAGGUACAACGUGAUCGUGCAUUGGGUCAUCCAGGCACAGCUCUCAAGUCUAUUCAAAAGUAUUUGUCUGAUGUCUCCAUUUCUGCUGAUACUACCAAGGAUGUGAUCAAGGCUUGGACUGUUCGUAAUGAACUCUUGAAAGAACUCGGUUGGUCCUUAUGGGCUACAUAUGAUGACAAAUGGAAGCUAAUUAGACAACCACCUUAUGGUCUUGCUUUGUUUUAAUUAAACUGAUUUAU